GGAUGGAAUGGAAGCAACUUCGUGGACCACUUUGCUUCAUAAUAAUCGAGAGAUGCCGUCCUGUAGGCUGCCUCGCGUUAAUAAGCAAAUAUUAUUAUGAAGAAAUUAUGGAAUUUAUCAUUAGGCCACGAACAGUUAAUUAAAGUAGGCUAAUAAUCAUAUGAAUUCACUGGUAUACCGCAUUUAUUUUUGUGCUGUUCCGCAAUAGCCAAUUCCACCCGGCUUCCCUACAUUAAACAGCUGGAGGGUAGGUUCCGUGGCUUUUAUUUCAGCGUUCUUCAGCCUCGGCCUCUGAGGACGGCGAAAUUGGAGAUAAGGACAGAGAUAGGCGAUGGCUGCGGGUGGAGGAUGCGUGGAGACUGUGGAUCAGUACCGGGCAGAGGUGGAGCGGCUUACACAGGAACUUGCGGAAGCGAACCGAGAGAAGAUUAGGGCGGCGGAAUGCGGUCUUGUUGUGUUGGAAGAGAACCAGACUCUGAAGCAGCAAUAUGCUGAUCUGGAAUCAGAACAAGAGACCCUGAAGCAAGAGUUGGAACAAUUACAGGAGGCGUUUGGCCAGGCGUACUCCAACCAGCGUAAGUUGGCAGAGGAUGGCGAGAGCAACGAGGAGACGCUACUGCAGGAGUCCGCAUCCAAAGAGGCCUACUACAUGGGUCGACUGCUGGAGCUGCAGACGGAGCUGAAGCUGAGCCGCUCGCUGGCGUCCAACGCGUCCAACGAGAGCGAAAGGCUCAACGCUGUGCUGCAGGAGCGCAGGGAGAGUACAGAGGUGCUGGAACUGCAGCGGAGCAGAAUGCGGGAGGAGAUCAGGGAGUACAAGUUUCGCGAGGCGCGACUCCUACAGGAUUACACAGAGCUGGAGGAGGAGAACAUCACCCUACAGAAACAAGUGUCUACCCUCAAACAGAACCAGGUGGAGUACGAGGGGCUGAAGCAUGAGAUCAAGGUUCUGGAGGAGGAGACGGUGCUGCUGAACAGCCAGCUGGAUGAUGCUCUGCGUCUGAAGGACAUCUCUCAGUCCCAGCUGGAGGAAGCCCUGGAUGCCCUGAAGAGUGAGAGGGAGCAGAAGAACAGCCUGAGGAAAGAGCUGGCCCACCACAUCACCCUCAGCGACAGCAUGUACGGGCCUGGAGCCCACCUGGCCCUCACGGCCACCGUCGAUGGGCUCAAGUUCGCCAAUGAAGAGGUCGGCAGUAAUGGAACAGCCCUGCCUAAUGGUGCCAGUGGGAAUGAGGAUAGCAAUGGCCACUGUAACGGACACCUGGGAUUGGCUAAGAUGAAUGGUGACUACCGGCUGACCAGGAAGGGGGAGGGGCUUCACGGACCUGUUUCAGACCUCUUCAGCGAACUCAGCCUGUCUGAGAUGCAGAAGCUGAAACAGCAGCUCCUUCAGGUGGAGCGCGAGAAGUCGAGCCUCCUGAUGAAUCUGCAGGAGUCCCAGACCCAGCUGCAGCACACGCAAGGUGCCCUGAAGGAGCAGAGCGAGCGCGUCCACCAGCUCACCGAGCACGUCAGCGCCGUGAGGCGACUCCACGGUGACAAGGAGGUGUCUGACGCUCAGGAGUCGGAGAAGCCGGACGGGCCGCUCUCCCCCGGUCGCCUCGACAACCACGGCAUUGAGAUCCUGGAGUGUAAGUACAAGGUGGCAGUAACCGAGGUGAUCGACCUGAAGGCGGAGCUAAAAGCCCUGAAGGAGAAGUAUAACCAGCGCGUAGAAGGCCAGGGGGAGGAGCUGAGUAGCGGCGAUGGGAAGAUCCAGGCCCUGGAGCAGAGCUGCCGCGAAGCCCGCGACAGGAUGGCCUUCCUGGAGGCGGAACUGAAGGCGGCGACGGGCGUGGCCACGGAGAGUCACGGCAUGCUGAACGCCGCGCAGGACGAGCUGGUGACGUUCAGCGAGGAGCUGGCCCAGCUCUACCAUCACGUGUGCCUGUGCAACAACGAGACGCCCAAUCGCGUCAUGCUGGACUACUACCGCCAGAGCCGGAACACGCGCAGCGGCAGCCUGAAGGGCCCCGAGGACCCCCGAGCCCUGCUCUCCCCCCGCCUGGCCAGGCGCCUCGCCGCCGUCAACGCUGGCCUCUCCGAGUCCCCCCGGGGCCCCGCGGACUCCCCCUCCAAAGACCCCCCAGGUCGGGACAACGGGGCGGCGGGUCGAGAGUCGCCAGCCCCGGAUGGCCAGGGCUGUCCCACCCACUCCCCCACGGGCUCCCCAGUCAUGAACCACUCCAACGGACCCCCCUCCUCCGCCCCCAUGCCCUUCGAGGCCGGCGGAGACCUGCGGAAGGAGCCCAUGAAUAUCUACAACCUGAACGCCAUCAUCCGGGAUCAGAUCAAACACCUGCAGAGGGCCGUGGACCGCUCACUCCAGCUGUCCCGUCAGAGGGCAGCCGCCCGGGAGCUGGCACCCUUGUUCGACAAAGACAAGGAGGCCUGCUUGGAGGAGAUCCUGAAGCUCAAGUCCCUCCUGAGCACCAAGAGGGAGCAGAUUGCAACGCUGAGGCUGGUGCUCAAAGCCAACAAACAGACUGCCGAGGUGGCACUCGCCAAUCUGAAGAGCAAGUAUGAGAAUGAGAAGUGCAUGGUGACGGAGACCAUGAUGAAGCUGAGGAACGAGCUGAAGGCUCUGAAGGAGGAUGCUGCCACCUUCUCCUCUCUCAGGGCCAUGUUUGCCACCAGGUGCGACGAGUACGUGACUCAGCUGGAUGAGAUGCAGAGGCAGCUGGCGGCGGCGGAGGAUGAGAAGAAGACCCUGAACUCCCUGCUCCGCAUGGCCAUCCAGCAGAAGCUGGCCCUGACCCAGCGCCUGGAGGACCUGGAGUUCGACCACGAGCAGACUCACGACCGCAGCCGAGGCGCCAAGGUGCCCAAGAUCAAGACCAGCCCGCCCAAAUUUCUCCUAGAUUGUCAGCAGCCUGCUGCCUCUGCCUCAGUAUCGCCAACCUCCCCACAACUAAGGCGAGCGAGAGACUUACUAGCCCACAGGAGGACCAGGCCCCACCCCUGUCCAGCAGCAGAGACCUGUUGGACCCCCCCAGCAGCCUGCACCAGCAGCCUCCUCCCCAGGCCUCUAGGCCUCCAACCAUGGGACCAGCACUUGCCUCAGCACCAGGGACUCCUGCAUCUGUCUAAUUCGUAUCCCCCAGGGAUAGACUCUGUGUCCCGUCAGCAAGUCCCACUAACACUGGCCACACUCUCUUCUGGUUGGUUGGUUGAUUGAUGUAAAGACCAAAUGCAGAUGCCCUGCCCUUCAUUGGUUUAGCUGGGAAAAUAGCACGUUCUGUCCAGGAGUGAGAUAUUGGAGGGUCCAGAUGUCAAUACAAACACAGAGGGUAGGUAGCACUUUUGCUAGUGUUGGUGAAAUAAGAGGGUAAUGUCCAAGAGUUCAAAGAAGGUAGCAGGAACCAACAACAAUCAGGAAAUAAUAGAGAAAUUACCCUUAAAAUGUGGUUAUUGUUGCUUAAAUAAUGGGUAACAUUUAAAAAAGGAAUGGGUGACAUUUGGAAAGUUAUAUAAAAAAAACUUUGCAAUAAGAUGGCAAUAACCUUAAAAAUACAUUAAUUAACCUCCGGAAUUUAGAGUCAUUAGCUAUGCUGGUGGUUAAGGAAAAGAAACAACAAUUGCUUUAGUGAGGCAUUGCCAGUAAUUGAGGCUAUUAAAAAAGUACUUAACACUGUUGAAGUUAGGUAGUUCGUUUAAGAGUAUAAGCACUGAGUAAAUGACUACAACAACAUUGCAAUAUUCAGUAAUUUAUUCAUCUUUGUAUGUCUAUACUUUUACCAGCUUAUAGCAGAUGUUUAAGAGGUACCCUAAUGUAUUCCCAGCCUCUUCUAAUUUCAGUGUUGUUUUGUAGAAAUGUCCCUAUGUUGCACAUUAAUUCGGGAAGCUAAAAACAAGCUAUUAAGUGAUAAUUUCUGCAUUAUUUUCUAGUUAAUUUUGGUUUCUUGCAACCUUCCCAAAACAUUCUAGACAUUCCUCACUUUUUUUUUAUCACUGCAAACUAAAGUACACUCUGUUUAUUUAUUUAGUAUUUAACUGACUUGGUCAUUCAUUUAUGUGUUUUGUUACAUUACUUAUUACUUUGAAUUUGCAUGUGACAUAAUUUAAAUGAUUGUAGGUGUUUAUGCUUCAGUAAUGAGGGUUAGCUUAGCUCACAUUGACUGACUUAGGGCUAUUAUUAUGUUCUUACUAUUAUCAUUUAAAACAAAUAUUGACAUUUCUAGAACAAUACGCUGUUUUCCAAUUUAAUGCAACACAGUUUUGGAUUGGUUUACUGUAGGCCUCUAUGAUACAAGUUCGGCCUGAAAAUUUGCAGCCAAGAAUAUGGUUUUGUUUUGGUGAUUUUAGAGGCUUACUAAUGUCCCAAAUAGACUAGACAGAAUAUUAGACAUGUAUUACGAUCUGUUUGAAUGGUUAAUCUCUACAUGUGUGAGUGCUUCUGUCUUUUCUACAUGGUCAUUUUGAAUUUACAUUAUGGAAAGACUAAUGGAAUGGAAAUGAUAUUGCUUUUCAGGUAUGAGGUUUUACGAUUGCCUAUAUUUCAAAUACCUAUCUAACGACAAUACACUUGAGAUGCUUGUUUUUAUACAACUCUUUUGCAAGACAUAAAGAAUAUAUUUUUUACUUCAUUUUUGUUUGUUUUCUUACCGUGGUUAAUCCUGAGGUAAAUGAUUGUGUUUGUUGAGUAGCUGCCAUAGAGACUUUAGACGUUGUGGGGAAGUUGAGGAAUAUACCUGAAUGUGGUUGACUUGAAAAUGGUGUGGUGACAUUAAACCCUCCCUCUGUUCAGAUGCAGUAACACAUUUCCCAAAUGCCGUGUCUCUAGUAUCAUGUUGCUGACUCAAUAUGGACUUCUGAGUUGACUCUUCAUAUCCUUCAUGUGUAAGAUAUUGCUUGUUUCAUACUCUGUCUAACCAAGGGGAAAUGACACCAAAUCAGUCUCAUUCUGGGGCUGGAACAGAAGGGUUCAAACUAAAAAUAAACUACCUAAAGCACAAACAGGACCAUGCACUGAAGCAAUCGAUUAUAAUUAUUUGGAUUCUCCGUAGAACCCAGUGACUGUAGAGGUAUCACCACACAGGCCUCUAUCUUGUGCUUAUCUAUACCUGUGGGAACAAGACAUCAUACUAACCAGCAAAAUGAGGACAGUGGGAAAAAAAGGCUUCCAGUAUAUUGUGUGGAUUUUGUGCAUCACUUGUAAACACCAUCUGAACAAUACUUUCAUUGGGGUUGGGUGAUCUCAUUAACCUAGUUGAAAUAUUAAUGCUAAGAGAUCCAAGAACACUGUGUGAUGGUGCUAAUGAUGUAGCAGGUGUUUGAGUCGCAUGAUUCGUUUGCCUGAUUCAUAUCCAAAAUAUAUCUCUGUCUCUUUGAAAUUGAUAUUGAUGAUUAGUUAUUAAAGCAAAGAUGGAACACCUUGUUCCAUGGAUGACAUCCAGAUGCAUUGAGAUUAUUCUUUCACUUCUACAUUCAUUAUUCACAAAAUAUGGGUUGUGUUUUUCCAAAAUUCUGUAUUCUGUUGGGGUAUGUAUACAAUAGCCAGGACAAUGGGAUAUGUGAGACAUGUAUACAAUAGCCAGGACAAUGGGAUAUGUGAGACAUGUAUACAAUAGUCAGGACAAUUGGAUACAUGAGAUAUGUAUACAAUAGUCAGGACAAUGGGAUACAUGAGAUAUGUGUACAAUAGUCAGGACAAUGGGAUAUGUGUACAAUAGUCAGGAAAAUGGAAUAUGUGAGAUAUGUGUACAAUUGUCAGGACAAUGGGAUACAUGAGAUAUGUGUACAAUAGUCAGGACAAUGGGAUACGUGAGAUAUGUGUACAAUAGUCAGGACAAUGGGAUACGUGAGAUAUGUGUACAAUGUUCAGGACAAUGGGAUACGUGAGAUAUGUAUACAAUAUUCAGGACAAUGGGAUACGUGAGAUGUGUAUACAAUUGUCAGGACAAUCAACUUUAGAAUCCACACAGUGCUGAUGAAAGCAUGCCUGUAAUUGCCGUGGAUAAUGGCUGUGCUAACUUCUGUACUUUAGGGCUGUAUCUUUGGAAUCAAUUAUUUCAAUUAUACAACAUUGGCUGGAAUUGGAGAACAUGAAAAAGGUGUAUGAGUUCCAAAUGAGUCGAGUGACUGAUGCCUGGAGACUAUUCAUUUUGCUUACUCCCUUGAUUCUUUGCACAGGUUAAAUUUACUUUUGGAACAUAAUGUUGAUGGUCCUCUGAUGUCCUAACUGAUGUUCAGAGACGCUAACCAACAAACGAAAAAAUUAUGAAAAGACAGCAAUAUACUCACAACAUGACCUUUUGUUUCAAUAGAAGAAGAAAAAACUGUUCUUGAAAUAAAAUGUAACAUAUGUG